AUGGGCAUUUUGCUGGACAGAAUCCAUGACUCCUCCACGGAUUUCAGCAUCUCACCAGGGACACCUCGCCCGUGUCUGCCGAAUCAGUCUCAAAGAGACAGUGAGCUGGGCUUGUGUUGCUCUGAGGGAUCUCAGGCGGGCGGCAGCUCCCUGGGGCCGGCCAUCUCGUUAGUGCUGCCUAUCAUCUAUGCCCUUAUCUGUGCCAGUGGCGUCCUGGCCAACGGACUGGUCAUCUCCGUAGUGCUGGGCUGCAAGCAGAAGGUAGUGUCUGACAUCUACAUCCUCAACUUGGCGGUGGCUGACUUGCUUUUCCUAGUUGGGAUGCCGUUCAUCAUUCACCAGCUUCUUCAGGAGCAAGGCUGGAUUUUCGGGGACUUCCUGUGCUGGGCGGCUACCACCAUCGAUCUCAACAACCAGUUCAGCAGCGUGGCCAUCAUCACUCUGCUCUGCAUAGACAGGUAUGUGGCAGUGGUAUACUCUUCUACCAUUGGCCAGAAACGGACCUUGCGCUGUACAGCUCUGAUCAACAGUGGCGUAUGGGUUGGAAGCCUAGCUCUGGCCACACCUGCAAUGCUGUACACCCGGGUGCACUGGGACAACAAGACCGAGAUCUGUCUCAUUGACUUACCUGGUCCCCACAGUAUGUACUGGUACACCCUCUACCAAUCGGUGGUAGCCUUCGUGUUGCCCUUGCUGGUCAUUACUGUGCUGUAUUCGCUGACUCUGCACCACCUUUUCCGAGCCAUGAGCCGCGUGCAUAGGAAGGCAUCUGCCCGCAGCCGGAAGGUGACCCGCAUGGCGCUUACCAUUAUUGCUGCCUUUUUUGUCUGCUGGACACCUUACCACGUGCUGCAGUUGGUCAACCUAACGGCCACACCUUCUGCUACCUUCUUCUACUUGUACCAGGCAACUAUAUGCCUCAGCUACGCCCACAGCUGCGUCAGUCCCAUCCUGGUUAUUUUCUGCACUGAGUUCUUCCACGAGAGGAUGGCCCAGUCCAGGUACUGCAGAUUUCUCACCAGGUGGAGAAAGAGACGAGAAAAAGCUUCCUUUUCUAUCCCCGAAAGCACAGCCAUGGUGUACAGCCCUCAAGUGAGCCACGGUGUGCCUCCCUGCCAUCACGAUCCAUUUGGGACAGAAAAGCCUUUGUGUUCCCUUACAGAGACCACCGGAUUCAGCGAUGUUGUCAGCGGGCACGAGGAAGGCAGUGGGGUUCAAGAGCCUCUGUGAUGGGUAUAUGGAUAUGGUAAUGAUGUUUCUCCUG